CUUGACCAUUUUUCUUUCUUCUUCCCCUCUCACAAGUUUUGCACACUAAAUACAAAGGCAAAAACCGACCUUUCAACUAAAUCAAGAUCUUCUUCUUUCUCUAAACCUCUCAUAUAAUAACGGUCCACAGAAGCCCAAGGUUUUAAGCAACCACAGAUUAACCCCAAAUGAGGAAUUAACUCCUUAGUAGCUGAUAUGUUAUUUUCAUGGAUUCUCAUCACGUUAAAUCUCACUUAAUUAGGUUAGAUUUCAAUUUUGAUUAAAAGAAUCGUUUAUUUCAUCGUGCUUUUUGGGUUUCUUUUUUUUUUAUAGGUGGAAAGUAUACUUUGAAUCAAAAUCUUUCGAUGUUAAAAUCAGAGUUCCCUACUAUGGACUUGCACUACUCUGUUUUCUUUUGCUUCAACGUGAAAAAAGGACAAGAACAGAUUGAUGGUUUAUAUCGAUGUGUAUACAAAAAGAAGUUUAUGGUGAAUGCCCAUUUUUAAUACGUUGAAGAUGAGUUCUUUUAAUGUAUUUCUCUUUCAAAUGAUGUUCACUCUUUGUGGAUUUUUCUCGGUCUUCAUCUCUGCUCUGUUUGAAUUCUUAAGCGAAGUUUUCUCCAGGACUCAGAGAUAUACUAAGCUUUCUCAAUUAACCAAUCCAAUUGAAGAGAAAACAGAGGAAGCUAAGCCUGAUGCUAUUGAAUUGAAGGGUCAAGAAGAAGAAGAAGGAGAAGGAGAAAUGUUUGAAGAAAAGCCCGAGUCACCAAAGUUUGUUUUCAAGUUUCAGUUUCAAACUCAGACAUUUGAAGAAUUGAGCAACAAGUUUAGAGAUGAUGAGAAUGAUUACGCUAUUGGCCUGGAAUCUGAUCCUUCAAUAAGCACAACAAACACGUAUGAGUUCAAUCCAGGGAUUGAUUUCAGCUUCGUAAUGGAGAAUCCAAAGGAUUCCAGCUUUUGUGUCAAUGAUGGGUUGUUUCCGAAACAAGAUCUCUCGGAACAAAACAUGAAAUCUGAAGCUGAUAUCGUUGAAGAAACGACAGAGAAGGAAGAACAAAUAGAAGAAACUGUUGAUUUUGAUGAUGAAGAUUCCAAGCAGGAAGGUGAGAUUGGGUCUGCAAACAUGGAGGAUUCAAUUUCAAAUGAUUUAGAGAAUUUGUGGGAACAUCAGCAUCUGAUAGAACAGCUGAAAAUGGAGCUGAAAAAGGUUAGAGCAACGGGUUUGCCUACGAUAAUGGAAGAAUCAGAGUCUCCGAAAAUAAUGGAUGAUUUGAAGCCAUGGAAGAUUGAUGAAAAGUUCCAACAUGCUGAUAGAAUGAGUGAGCUUCACAAGUUUUACAAGAGUUACAGAGAAAGAAUGAGGAGAUUUGAUAUCUUGAAUUACCAGAAGAUGUAUGCAAUAGGCUUUCUCCAGUCGAAGGAUCCACUUGAAUCGAUUUCACCCCACAAAUCAUCCUCUUCUCUUCUGCACCAAAACCUGAGGCUCCGAGGGCGAAAAAAGUCUGAUUUUGACCCCACGGCCAAGUUCAUCAAUGAGCUCAACGGUGAUCUAGAGAUGGUCUACGUAGGACAGCUUUGCCUUUCCUGGGAAAUACUUCAUUGGCAAUACGAGAAAGCCAUUGAAAUAUGGGAAACCGAUCGUUAUGGCCUACGCACAUUCAAUGAAGUCGCUUCUGAGUUUCAACAGUUUCAAGUUUUGAUGCAAAGAUUCAUCGAAAACGAAUCCUUUGAAGGCCCCAGGGUGCAAAACUACGUAAAGAACCGAUGCGUCCUACGCAAUCUCCUUCAAGUUCCGGUUAUUCGAGAGGAUAGUAUGAAGGAUAAAAGGAAAGGUAGAAGAAAAGGAAGGGACGAUUACGAUGAUGAUAAUGAUGCCAUUAGGAGUGACAUGCUAGUCGAGAUCAUGGAAGAAUCGAUACGAAUAUUCUGGCGGUUCGUUCGAUCCGAUAAAGAUGCAAAUGUUGUGAUCAAGAAUUCCAGGAAAGGGACUCAAGUAGAACCUUUCGAACCAGCCGACGUUGAACUUCUAGCAGAGGUUCAAACCAGCCUGCAAAAGAAGGAUAGGAAGCUUAAAGACAUUGUAAGGAGUGGGAAUUGCAUACUGAGGAAAUUGAGGAAGAAUCAAGAGGCGAACUCGGAUAAUGUUCUUCAUUUCUUCUGUCAAGUGGAUUUGAAAUUAGUGGCAAGAGUUUUGAACAUGUCAAAAGUGACAAAAGACCAACUCUUUUGGUGCCACAACAAAUUGAGCAACAUUAGUUUUGUUCAUAGGAAGAUUAAUGUAGAACCAUCUUUUUUGCUCUUCCCCUGUUGACAUAAGUCAUCCAACAAUAUAUACUCCA